ACAUCAUGGCGGCGUCCUGCACUGUGUCAUGCAGGUGGUAGAGAGACUGUCUGCUGUGUUUUUAUCUAAUUAAUCGCAGUUUAUCCGGUCGUAUUAUGGGUUUGUUUUAACCUGUGCAGACAUCAUUAGGUGACGAGUGAGGAGUACACCAUGUUGGCCUCAGUUGCUGUCAGCAUGACGGCAGCCUCCAGAGGGAAGGUCAGGUCUCUGGUCUCUCUGAGCCGGAGACUGUCCAGCAGCCAGCGCGGCUCCCCGGAUACAGCUCACCAUCCUCCGGCUGAAACCUCGGCUCUUCUCCGGGACAGCGAGCCGGCCGCGGAGGAGGAACGGCGCUGGAGACGCCGAAAGGACCCCAGCGAGCGCUCCGUGUUCCUCUUCCCCGGGCAGGGCAGCCAGUUUGUGGGCAUGUGUAGAGGACUUUUAAAGUACCCUAAUGUCAAAGACAUGUUCAGGGUCGCCCAGAAGAUCCUCGGGUACGACCUGCUGUCUCUGUGCCUGGAGGGCCCCGAGGAGGAGCUGAUGAAGACGGUCCACUGUCAGCCGGCGGUGUUUGUCACCUCACUGGCUGCGGUGGAGAGGCUGAACCGAGAAAACCCAAAUGCCAUCGAGACGUGUGUUGCUGCUGCAGGUUUCAGCGUCGGAGAAUUUGCUGCUCUGGUCUUUUCUGGUGCCAUGAACUUUGCAGAAGCCCUGUAUGUGGUGAAGGUGCGUGCAGAGGCCAUGCAGAAAGCAUCAGAGCUGGUUCCCAGUGGGAUGCUGUCAGUGAUCGGGAGACGUCAGGCUCAGUAUAAAUACGCUUGUGUUCAAGCUAAAGAGCACUGCAAGAGCCUGGGGAUUGAGGAGCCGGUGUGCUCUGUGGCCAACUAUCUGUUCCCUGACGGCAGGGUCAUCGCAGGACACCAACAGGCUCUGGAUUUCCUCAAGCAGAACUCGAGGCGUCUGGAGUUCAUGAGGACCAAACCUCUCCCGGUCAGCGGAGCUUUUCACACCGAGCUGAUGGCGUCGGCUACCGAACCCCUCAGAGAUGUUCUCAGACAGGUGGAGGUGCGGCGUCCCGAGAUCAACGUGUACUCCAAUGUCGAUGGCAAACGCUACAUGAACGAGAGCCACGUGCGCAGACAGCUGGUGAAGCAGCUGGUGUCGCCCGUGAAGUGGGAGCAAACGAUGCACGAGAUCUACGAGAGGACGCAGGGAGAGAAGUUCCCUCACACCUACGAGGUUGGCCCGGGAAAGCAGCUUGGUUCAACACUUCAAAUGUGCAACAGGAAGGCCUUCAAAACGUAUACACAGGUGCCAGUCACCACUUACGAAGACUGACAAUGCAGAGGUGUGGACUCAGUGAUAACAAACCAAGCAAGCAGGAGACAUUCUGACCAGCGAGACCAGUUAGACCUGCAAGCUCCUGUGGUUGCUUCUUAAGGUCUUCUUUGUGUAUUACUGUAUAAUUAAAUAAAUCCUUUUUUUUUUUUUUUUU